GCUUCUAAAUGGCAUCGCCCAGCUCGUAACGUUUGCAGGAGUAACAACAAAGCAAUGCCUGAAGGAAAAAGGAAAAGCGCUGUUGUUUACUUGGCUACAACGCUUAUUCUCACGUGUUGUUUGACGCAAACCACGGACUGUUACAGACGGAAGAAAACAGAAAGACGAGAAGGGCCAAAAGGAGUAAAAAAUACAGCCAGGACGAUAGGUGUCCAAGAGGGGAAAAUCGUGUUCGGGAGGGUUUUUGAGAAAGGCUCAGACCUUGGGUCUCAAGGCAUAGAUGGGACCCAGAGAUCUUCUCCAAACUCUUCUCUGGAGGAUGAAACUGCCUAUCAAGCGGACUUCACAGGCUGGUCAAAAGGACAAACACAAGAUGCAAGUUCUUCAUGGACGCGCAUGGCGCCUUCCCUGCAGUGUGGUGGGGAUCAGAUGAAGUUCAGAGCACUGGGGCCAGGAGCUUCACAUUUUGCAGUAGAACAAGAAAAUGCGUCUCCAAUGCUUCUGUCCCAGGUCCCUUCCACCUGUGGAUACAGCAUGCAGAGGAACCCCCUUGCACUUGUUAUGUUGGUUCCCUAUGAUGGCUGCAACAUGGUUCAAGAGGGUGGAAGUUAUGUCCUUCCAAUGCGUUGGCAGGGAAUUCCAGUCUCCCUCUGGUGUCCAAAACCUGCACCAGCUGCUCCCGCAACUCCUGCUGCUGCAACAACAACCACUGCAAAGAAACCAGAAAUGCCUAAACACCCCUACCACCCUCCUUUCUACUUUCUUCCUCUUCCAGUCAUGACUGCACCGCCAGCCACCACAGCCAAACCAACUACAACCACUACAAAGAAACCAGAUAUGCCAGGCCCUCCUCAGCACCCCUACAUCCCUCCUUUCUACUUUCCUCCUCCUCCUCUUCCUCCAGUCAUGACAGCAUCACCAGCCACCACAGCCAAACCAACUACAACCACUACAAAGAAACCAGAUAUGCCAGGCCCUCCUCAGCACCCCUACAUCCCUCCUUUCUACUUUCCUCCUCCUCCUCUUCCUCCAGUCAUGACAGCAUCACCAGCCACCACAACCAAACCAACUACAACCACUACAAAGAAACCAGAUGUGCCAGGACCUCCUCAACACCCUUACUUCCCUCCUAUCUACUUUCCUCCUCCUCUUCCUCCAGUCUUGACAGCACCGCCAGCCACCACACCCAAACCAACUACAACCACUACAAAGAAACCAGAUGUGCCAGGACCUCCUCAACACCCUUACUUCCCUCCUAUCUUCUUUCCUCCUCCUCUUCCUCCAGUCUUGACAGCACCGCCAGCCACCACACCCAAACCAACUACAACCACUACAAAGAAACCAGAUGUGCCAGGACCUCCUCAACACCCUUACUUCCCUCCUAUCUACUUUCCUCCUCCUUUUCCUCCAGUCUUGACAGCACCGCCAGCCACCACAACCAAACCAACUACAACAACCACUACUGCAAAGCCAGUAGCCACAGCUCCUCCCCCGAUGUUUACUUUCUACCCACCUUUCUACUAUCCUCUGCCCUUCCCAGGGACUCUGCCACCAACAGCCAAACCCACAACUGCUGCAACAACUACGACUAAACCACCACAUAAACCUCAGUUACCCCAGUUUCCACCACCCAUGCAUUUCUUUCCUCCUUUUUCAUAUCAUUUCCCUCCCCAUCUACUCCAUCCCUAUCAAAUCCCUUCCCAAUAUACAAUUCCUAAGCCAGAAAUGACCACCCCACCGACUGCAAGUACAAUCGCAUCAGCAGAGAAAACGGACCACCAAGUGACUGCCUCAAUGCCAUACCCUCAUUCUCACCCAAAGAACCCCUUUGGAGUUCCAUACCUGCCCUUUCCCUCUCCUUCUGCCCCUUUUCCUGUCUAGCCCACUGAAAUGGUUCUAAUAAAUGGUUUGGGGAAAAACAUAA